AUGACGCCGAGGGCAGGAGCUCCUGUCGGGAGCAGGUUAGCCGCACACGCUGCCGCUUUUGUCAGCACUGAAGGCCAUGAUAUGCAUAUUGCAAUGGCGGGGACGUCGAGAUAUGACGAUGAUGAGCGCCAAUUUGUGCCGCCGAACUUUCACAAGUCGCUUGAAGAGCUUCUGAAACGCUACCUGCCCGAGAACUUGGGCUUGCAGUUCCAGGCAGACGCAAACCAGCUUGAGGAGCUAGCCAACGAGGUCGCAAAUACUGAGGCUCGAUAG